AUGGAGCCUGACAACCCUGGUACCCAGAGCCUCAGGUGCAUGGUCAGGACCUUCCGGCCCACCUUGGAGGAGUUCACAGGUUUCAGCAAAUACGUUGCCUACAUGGAAUCCCAGGGUGCACACAGGGCUGGCCUGGCCAAGGUCAUUCCCCCCAAGGAAUGGAGAGCCAGAGAGUCCUAUGACAGCAUCGGUGGCCUCUUAAUACCCGCCCCGCUGCAGCAGGUGGUCUCCGGGCAGGCAGGUGUGUUUACCCAGUACCAUAGGAGGAAGAAACCCAUGACCGUGCGGGAGUACCAGCACCUGGCAAACAGCAAAGAAUAUCAGGCUCCUCCACACCGCAAUUUUGAAGAUUUGGAGCGAAAGUACUGGAAGAAUCGCCUCUAUGAUUCCCCACCUUAUGGUGCUGACAUCAGUGGCUCCUUGUUUGAUGAAAGCACAAAGCAGUGGAACCUGGGGCGCCUGGGAACCAUUCUGGAUCUGUUGGAGCAGGAAUGUGGAGUGGUCAUUGAGGGAGUCAACACCCCGUACCUGUACUUUGGCAUGUGGAAGACCACGUUUGCGUGGCACACGGAGGACAUGGACCUCUACAGCAUCAACUACCUGCACUUCGGGGAGCCCAAAACUUGGUAUGCGGUGCCCCCAGAGCACGGCCAGCGCCUGGAGCGGCUCGCCAGGGAGCUUUUCCCGGGCAGCUCCCGGGUCUGUGGGGCAUUCCUGAGGCACAAAGUGGCUCUCAUCUCACCCACAGUGCUGAGGGACAAUGGGAUCCCCUUCAGCUGCAUGACUCAGGAGGCUGGGGAGUUUAUGGUGACGUUUCCCUAUGGCUACCAUGCUGGCUUCAACCAUGGCUUCAACUGCGCAGAGGCCAUCAAUUUUGCCACCCUGCGGUGGAUCGAUUAUGGCAAAGUGGCUUCUCAGUGCAGCUGCGGGGAGGCAAGGGUCAGCUUUUCCAUGGAUGCUUUUGUGCGUAUCCUGCAACCUGAGCGCUAUGAGCUGUGGAAACGGGGUCAGGACCAGGUGCUUGGGGACCACAGGGGAACCUGGGGGCGGGCUAGGCAGGAGCCAAGCACCAGGAGGAAGGUGAACUUUCCCAGGAGAUCUUCCCGCGGCCUGAGGCAGCUGCCUGGGAGCCCGAGUCCAGCCCAUCUUCCUAGCAAAUGGGAGGCUGAGGGCUCAGCAGUGCUGGCUGAGGCCUCCGGACUCCUAGUGGUGGGCACAGAGCGCAGGGCUCUUGGCUCCCAGGAUCAGCUCCUGCCUGAGCAUGGAGCGCUGGUGCAGGAGUCUGUGUCUGUUCCCACCAUGUACUAG